AAACCCAGCUCUCCUCUCCUCUCUCUCUCUCUCUCUCUCUCUCUCUCUCUGUUUUGCAUCGUCGGGCGUUACUUAGCUGCGCAUUCGGUUCGUGUUCAACUGAGAAAUCCGGCAAUGGAAGCGAAAAUCGGGCAGUUCUUCGAUUCGAUAGGCGGCUUCUUCAAGGGCGACGAUGAGAUCCCCUGGUGCGAUCGCGAUAUCAUCAUCGAUUGUGAGAGAGGCGUUGCAGAUGCUGCCAAUGAUGGUUCAGAUGAGCUCAAAAGUGAUAGCAUAAUGAGGUUAUCAUGGGCCCUUGUUCAUUCUAGACAACAAGAAGAUGUGCAGCGAGGGAUAGCCAUGCUUGAAGCUUCCUUAACCAACGCAAAUACCCCUUUACAACAGAGGGAGAAGCUGUAUCUUCUGGCUGUUGGAUAUUACAGAAGUGGUGAGUUUUCCAAAAGCUUGCAGCUUCUGCAGCGAUGUUUGGAGAUUGCACCUGAUUGGAGGCAAGCCUUGACGCUCAAAAAGAAUGUUGAAAGUCGAAUCACUAAGGAUGGUGUAAUCGGAAUAGGCAUCACUGCAACUGCCGUCGGACUUGUAGCUGGCGGUAUCGCAGCAGCUUUGGCUCGCAAGAAGUGAUCGAUCCAAUUUAUCUGUGGAACCUUCGGUCCGGAAAAAAGUCGGUCUUACCUGGAUUCUGAAACUGGGUUAUUGUUGCUCUUUUUAUGUUUUUUAGCGAAGCAUUAUGAAACAAGAUUUGGAUGCUCCAUAGUUUGUACGUAUGCUCCAAAACGUUCUUGCUAGAGGGUCUCAGUCUUCAUUGUUAGAGUUACCUACUUGAAGUGUUUAAUAACUGUUUUUGUGCAAAGCCUUGAUCAAGCAGAAAAUUUGA